GCCGGCUUUAACCAAGUCCUGAAUUAUGUCCAAGUGCUGUGGGAUUUCCGAGCCCCCUCUCACAGCUCUGCAGUGUACAAUGGAGCUGUCGAAGCACUAGCAACUUUUCUGAGCUCAGUAACGUCUUUCCUAGUACAAUAUAUGAAAAUUAACUGGGACCUGUUUGGAGAACUGGCUUUAGGGAUCUUCUCUGCGGUAGAUGCCGGUUCUCUGUUUCUCAUGCACUUCUCUACCAACAUCUGGGCGUGUUACGCUGGCUAUCUCAUUUUCAAGGCCUGCUAUAUACUCCUGCUGACAAUAGCAACGUUCCAGAUUGCCAUCAAUCUGAGCAUGGAACGCUAUGCUUUGAUGUUUGGUUUCAACAACUUCAUUGCCCUGGUGAUUCAGACCAUUCUUACAGUAGUUGUCGUGGAUUCAAGAGGCCUGGGGCUGGACAUAGUGACUCAGUUUUUAAUUUAUGGCAGCUACUUUGCAGUCAUACACGGGAUUUUCAUGAUCAGAAGCAUUUGUGUGCUUGUCUCAAGCAAAUUCAAAAGGAAAAUAGCAAGAUGUUGCAAAGAGCAGCUGAACCAUGCUGAGCAUGAAUCCAGAGAGCAGAUUGUCACAGGCUAUUUGACUCGGCUGUAGGAGGCAGGCAGGCUCCUUGGCCAGGCCCUCCUGGGAGAAGAGCUCAGGCUGCAGCAUGCAGGGAACAGCAGUGCAAGAAGAACGUUCAACACAGCCCUGGAAAGCUGCGCUGAAUCACUGCAGCACUUCAGCACAACAUAUGCCAGUUCAUAGCUCACAUAACGGCCCUGUGCCAAGAAUAAAAGCUAAAUUGCUUUAGAUUCUUAUUUACUUGCCUAUAAAGAGCUUAACAGCAGUAAUUUAUACCCAGAAGCACAACCGCCACCUUUUCAUCUCCUCCCUGUGUACGAUAGCAAAGAUCAGAGUUCACUCUGCCUUGUUGUUCUGGCUCCUGUGCGUGGCGCUGGCAAAGCUGCUUCCAACCACAUUUGCUCCUGCACGUGGGUGAAGGGUCUGUCCUCCCUCUGCACAUCCCUUGUUCUGAAUCAAGGAAGAAAGGAUUGUGUGUGCAUCAU